AUGUCCUCCUUCAAACUAUCAAUAAAGAACGCUGGAAAGGUGUUCGAAAUCGAACUUACCCCAUCAUCCACUGGGGCGUUCCUUAAAGAAAAGAUCCAAGAAUUGACCCUUAUUCCUCCUGAAAGACAAAAGAUCCUCAUCAAGGGUGGAAAGAUCAACGAUGCUGAUGUUGUGUCUUCUUUGAACUUGAAUUUGUCACAACCAAUCAUGGUCCUUGGUACCCCCGACAAGAACCUUCCUUCUAAGCCAGUGGUCAAGCAGGUGUUCUUGGAAGAUUUGAAUGCAAACCAAUUAUACAAGGUUUCGACCGACCCAUCAGGAUUGGUUAAUCUCGGCAACACUUGUUACUUAAACUCAUCAUUACAAGCAUUGUACAGUAUUAAGAUCCUUAGAGACCGUCUUAAGGAUCCCGGGCUUGCGUCAUCGGCUGGAAAUCAAGCAUCGAUCAAAUUUAAUUUAGCUUUGAAGUCUCUUUUCGAGCAAAUGGACAAAAAGCAAGAAAGCAUCAAGCCACUUCUUCCAUUGACUUUGAUCAAACAAAUUAACCCGGAGUUUGGCACAACUGAUAACGCAGGCCGUCCUCAACAACAUGACGCAGAAGAGGCUUACUCCGAAAUGAUUAGAUUGAUCAAUGAUGGUUUGAAACUUGACGAUUUUUUUAAAUUAGGGUUUAAAGCAGAGCAAAAGUGCAUCAGCUUACCUUCAGAUGAAACAGUAGUGACGUACGACGAUGCUCUCAAAUUAAACUGUCAUAUUGAUAUUAAGACCAACUUCUUGAGAGACGGUAUUAUUAAUGGUUUGAAGGAAACUCUUGAGAAAUUCAACCCAACUUUGCAAUCAAAUGCAGAGUAUGAAAUCAACAAAACCAUCACAAGAUUGCCCAGAUAUUUAACUGUUCAUUUCCUUAGAUUUUUCUGGAGAAGGGAUAUUGGUAAGAAAUCGAAGAUCUUGAGAAAAGUCCAAUUCCCAUUCGAAUUGGAUUUAGCUGAAAUGUUAGAUGAGUCUAUCAAGGCCGAUAAAGUUAAGGUCAGAGACCAAAUAAGAAAAAUCGAGAAGGACAAUCUCGACUUGAUUCGUGAUUUCAAAAAGCAAAAGAAGGAUAACUCAUUGACUCCUUUGGAGCAACAAGAAGAGGACGAAUUAAAAGUUGCAUCCAUAAAAAGUAAGUUCGAAGAUGAGUUAGUCAAGGUUUUGCCUCUGGGAUACGAUUUACAAACCGGUAGUGAGAACCCAUCUUCAGUUUACGAGCUUACUGCCGUUAUUACACAUGCUGGUGCUUCUUCAGAGUCCGGUCAUUACCAAGCUUAUGUUAAGGAUGACAAGGACUUGGAUGGAGACAGAUGGUGGAAAUUCAAUGAUGACAAGGUCAGUCCAGUCAGCAAGGAAAAGAUUGAACAAUUUGCCGGAGGUGGUGAAAGCGAUAGUGCCUUGAUUUUAAUCUACAAGGGCGUGGGCUUAUAA